AAACACAUCACGUGAACAUCUUUGGCCUAACAAAAUCUCAGAAAAACAAAUCGGGGCAGAAAAAAUUGGAGAAAACAAUGAAAAAAGCUUACGCCUUUUUGGGCCUUCUUCUUAUAUCUACUUUCGCCGGCGAUGUAUCCGGUCUUUCAGUUACGGUGAACGACGUUGAAUGUGUAUAUGAAUAUGUACUUUAUGAAGGAGAUACAGUUUCUGGCAAUUUCGUUGUUGUUGAUCAUGAUAUUUUUUGGAGUUCUGAUCAUCCCGGAAUUGAUUUUAUUGUGUCAUCUCCUGGAGGGAAUGUGGUGCAAACAAUGAAAGGAACAUCUGGAGAAAAAUUCGAGUUUAAGGCUCCACGAAGUGGAAUGUACCAAUUUUGUUUUCACAAUCCUUACUCGACUCCCGAGACCGUCUCUUUCUACAUACAUGUUGGUCAUAUCCCCAACGAGCAUGACCUAGCAAAAGAUGAGCAUUUGGACCCUGUCAAUGUGAAAAUUGCUGAAUUGAGGGAGGCAUUAGAAUCUGUUACAGCUGAGCAGAAAUACUUGAAAGCACGUGAUGCUCGACAUCGCCAUACAAAUGAGAGUACGCAUAAGCGCGUGAUCUUUUACACAAUUGGAGAAUACAUUUUGCUGGCCCUCGCUAGUGGACUCCAAGUUAUUUAUAUUCGCCGGCUGUUUAGCAAGUCGGUUGCAUACAACCGGGUCUGAGUUAGCCCUUACCCCGACUCUGUAUCUUUCUUAUAGAUUAGAACUCGAGAACAUGUCCUAACAUUAUGUUUUUUACAAUGUCAUUGAUCAUCUUUAGAUUUUAUUUUUAUUUUUAUUUUUUUUUCGUGUUCAAACCUUUUUUACGCACUUAAAUUAAAGCGACAUUUUAAAAUUCA